AUGCGUUGUGGUUUCUUCCUACUAGGUGUUGGCUUUUAUGCCGCUGAUUCGGUGAUUGCAAGCCCCUGUAAACCGAAUACAUCAACUUCGGAAGCCGCGACGAUCACCUCUGAUUCAACGGCUGAGGCUACGAGAACCAUCUUGGAACUUUCUAGCAUCGCCUGGUCUGAACCGACAACGACUGUUGAGCUUACUGCGACUACUGCUACAUCUGAAGAUGGUACUACGACCAUCGCCGCAGCCGAAUACACUACCACCCUCAUCGAGACAUCUGCCGCCACUACCUCGGACGCUGCGACAACUUCAGAGGCUCCUGCUGGAGAACCAACAUUUGUUCUGGGUGCCUCAGGUGGCAGCCUCAAUGGCGCCCAACCUCAAGGUACUGGUCAACAAGGAACUUUCAUCGCCUUCGACGCCACAGCCAUCUCUGGUUCAAGCCCUCGGAAAUUCACCGUAGACUCUACAGGACGACUCCAGGAUGCCGAGACCGCAGCUUACGUCUGUGCAUACUACUGGUCGUCUCCCUCGGCUGCCUACCCGCCGUAUGUCAGCUAUUGUGGAGCUGGCCCCGUUGGUGGAAGCCAAUGGCAAGAGUAUCUCACCUGCCAAGUCAACAACGGAAAUCUUGCAUGCACAGCCCCCAGAGUAUUUUGUUCAACCGAUGCCAACGAUGAAAGUACAUGUCCGAGAGCGGGAGGGGAUCCAUAUGACACUUUCUUCACUGAUAGUGGAAAGUUUUGGUUUAUUGGUAGCGGAAGUCCUGCGAACAUGUCGCCCGUCAGUGUGUCGGCCCGGAAGCAGCGAUGA